AUGCCCUAUAAAUUGUCAGACACACUCAAGGCCCAUACUUCAGAUGUCCGCGCCUUGACCACACCUACUGACCACCUCAUACUCUCUUCUUCUCGUGAUUCGACCGCGAUUUCCUGGCAAAGAUCGCCUUCAGAUCAGCAAUUCAAGCCUCAAGUUGUUUUCCGAGCAGGAUCUCGCUAUGUCAACUCCGUGGCUUAUAUCGCUCCUACCCCAGAUGCGCCCAAAGGUUACGUUGUUACUGGCGGACAAGACGCUGUAAUCAAUAUAUUCAAUCUCGAGACGGCCAAGGAUGAUCCAGAUUUUUGCCUCCUCGGACAUCUCGAAAACAUCUGCGCUCUCGACGUUACGCCUGGUGGCACAAUCAUAUCAGGAUCUUGGGAUAAAACAGCGAAGGUGUGGAAGAACUUCAAUCUGACCCAUGACCUGAAGGGACAUCAGCAAUCGGUCUGGGCCGUUCUGGCAAUAGACGAAGAGCAGUAUCUGACAGGUUCCGCCGACAGAACGAUCAAGUUGUGGCAACAACACAAAGUUCUCCACACCUUCACAGGACAUACGGAUGCCGUGCGUGGCCUUGCUCUUAUUCCAGACAUUGGGUUCGCUUCUUGCUCCAACGACAGUGAGAUUCGAGUCUGGACCUUAGGGGGUGAUCACGUUUACUCGUUAUCUGGCCAUACGUCGUUCGUCUAUAGUCUGUCUGUCCUACCCAGUGGCGACAUUGUAUCUUCAGGAGAGGAUCGAACUGUACGCGUAUGGAAAGCCAUAUCGGUGUGGGCUGUAUCAACGUUACCUAAUGGCGAUAUUGUUAGCGGGUGUAGUGAUGGCGUAGUACGUGUGUUCAGCGAAGCUGAGGAACGUUGGGCAUCGGCAGAGGUUUUGAAAGCAUACGACGAUCAAAUCGCCUCCCAGGCUCUACCAUUACAGCAGGUCGGAGAUGUGAAGAAAAGCGAUCUUCCUGGCUUAGAGGCUUUGAAAACACCUGGCAAGCACUUCUAA